AUGGAGGUAUGCGACGCCUUGCGCGACGUCGAGCGCCAUCCCGAUCCGGGUCUGUCGUGGGAGAGGCACGUCUGCAUGCUCGGCAAUGAACUGCCGGACGCAGCCCAGCGGAGCAAGCUCGAGGCGGAGCGAGUGGACGCCGGGACACUGCUCUUCGAGGCCGAAGCACUCGAGUAUCUGCGGGUGGCUACCGAGGUGCCGGUAGAUGGUGGCCUCCCGGACAAGGUCGUCCUCGCACUCGUCUCGGCCAAUGUAGUACGCCCCGUCUCGUCAGACCUGGUAGCCCUUCAAGACCGUCUUGUUGUCGGUUUUCGUGACGUAGCAUGUGGCCCCAAGCCCCAGCAGUUUGUACGGCAUGCUGGGACCGGCCUGUCGCGAACCAGAUCAGCGAUAACUGAGAAUGGGACAAUAGUGGUGUCGUUGGCGUCGUUGGCGCGCCGAAGCUUUAGCGGACAUGGGCAGGGCCGAUGCCAGGUGCGCGUGUCGGGGCAAGGCUUAUUUACAGAAGUAGCGGAGAUGGAGAUGGACAAGACUACCUAA